GCGAAUAAUUUUGUUUUGGUAGCUGCAUUUGCCGUCUGUGUCUGUAUAUUUGUAAUAAGAUGACUUCAAAGAGGAGCGAAGGCGAAUGGCAGGGGCUGGUGAAUGAGUAUUUGAUAUGCAAAAGAAAGCUGGAGAGCAAGAAAGAAGCUCUGUUGAUCCUCUCCAAAGAGCUUGAUACAUGCCAACAAGAACGAGACCAGUACAAACUAAUGGCUAAUCAGCUUCGCGAGCACCAUCAAUCACUAAAGAAAAAGUACAGAGAACUAAUAGAUGGUGAUCCUACCCUCCCUCCAGAAAAGCGGAAUCAGGCAAACCUUGCACAACUACUGAGUAGUUCUCGAGAGCGGAAUAAACAGCUGACAGAGGACAUUAAAGAACUCCAGCAGAGACUGACUGAGGCACAGGGUGAUAAUAAGCUCCUAAGAAUGACGAUUGCCAAACAGCGUUUAGGUGACGAAGAAGUAGGAGCUCGUCAUUUUCCUGCACAUGAACGUGAGGACCUUGUUCAGCAGCUGGAAAAAACACAUGAACAGAUUGAACGUUUGGAUCAUGAUUAUCAAGCAGCAGUGGAUGAGCUGCAGGAUGUUAAGGUCGAACGAUCUUUCUACCAGGAGAAAGCUGACCGCCUAAAUCAGGAGAUUAACCAUAUUCUUGGAGGGCAUGAAAACCGUAUCAUUGACGUGGAUGCAUUGUGCAUGGAGAACAGGUAUCUGCAUGAACAUUUGAAACAGAUCCAGGAAGAAGUCAACAUUCUUAAAAAUAACAUUUCAAAAUAUAAGAAUGCUCUUGAACGUAAAAAGCACCCGAAGCAAAGUGGAAGAAGCAGCAGUAGCGCACUUACAGGAGUUCUUUCUGCGAAACAAGUCCAGGAAUUAUUGUCAGAAGAUCAUGGUUGUAGUCUGCCAGCCACACCACAGUCCAUUUCAGAUCUGAAAUCAUUGGCAACUGCUUUACUUGAGACGAUUCAUGACAAGAAUAUGGUUCUUCAGCAUCAACGGCAGACUAACAGAAUUCUGGGCAAUCGAGUAGCUGAAUUGGAAAAGAAACUGAGAACUUUGGAAGUUUCUGGUUUGUGGAGCCUUCCAGCAGGAGGGAAGGAGACUCUAACAUUAACUGAUGCUGCCAUACCUGUGGAUCUAAGACCAAAGUCACCUCUGUACCUGGGUGUCGAACAACAGCUGCACAAGAAUGGUCAAUUAAAAGAAGGUCAAGGAACUCCAGCUCAGCCUUCGGCAUCAGAAUAUCAUGACACGGAGAAAAAUUACAAAAAAUCUGAAGAAAUGCAGGUCGAACAAAAGGAACGUUGUGGAAGUCCAGUAUUUUUAUCUUUGGAAAUGGACUCUCAGAUAAAGGAUAUUAAUCCGCCGAUGUUGCAGUCCACUUCAGGAGAUGAAAUAGAAAAAAUGACUGAGAAGCUGGUUACCGCUGAUUUAAAUGAUGGUUGUAACGAAACAAGUGCUUCAAAAGAGCAAUGUACAGUGACAUCUCCGAAUGAUGCUGCUGCUUCAUCAUUAUUUGAAUCCCCUUUGGAUAGUCCAGACACAGAAAACCAAUCUGAUUCUGAGAGUGACUAUAGGAUUCAAAUUAAUGAAUCAUCUGAUACUGUGGAAAGAAAUAUAGAUUGCAUGUCGUCGAAAACAAUUUCCGAAAUAAAUUCGGAUUCUCAGCUGUACAACAUGUUGACCACAGAUCUGUCAAUAAUUGAGGGUUCUACAGAAUGUACAGAUGGAAAUUUAGCAUAA